AUGAGAGCAAUUGACAUUAAGGAUGGUAAGGGGCCCAAGGAGAAUCUCUUCAUCAACGAGGAGACGCCUAAGCCGACGGCGGGCAACGGCGAGGCUCUGAUCAAGAUCAAGGCUUUCGGCAUCAACCGCAUGGACCAGAUCCAGCGCCUUGGCAUGUACCCGCUCCCGCCCCAGGCGCCCAAGACCCUGGGAGUCGAGUUCAGCGGAACGAUCGAGUCGUUCGGCGGCGGCGACCACGGGGACUUCAAGGUCGGGGACGAGGUUUUCGGUCUCGCGUACGGCGGCGCAUACGCCGAGUUCAUCGCCGUCAACAGCAAGAUGCUGCUGCACAAGCCAGAUUUCCUGUCAUGGGAGCAGGCUGCUGGUAUCCCGGAGACCUGGAUCACGGCAACGCAGGCACUCUUCCUUGUGGGCGAGUUCUCCAAGGGCAAGUCCGUCCUUUGGCACGCCGGCGCCUCGGGCGUCUCCAUUGCAGGCAUCCAGCUGGCCAAGGACGCCGGCGCGUCCGCCAUCUACGCGACUGCUGGAUCCAAAGAGAAGUGCGACUUCGUCGUCAACGAGAUUGGUGCCACCGCGGCCUUCAACUACAAGGAGGAGGACUGGGCCGAGAAGGUCAAGGAGGCGACAGGCGGCAAGGGCGUCGACGUGAUUGUCGACUUCGUCGGCGGCGGCUACUUCCAGAAGAACCUCGACGUUGCGGCGCGGGACGCGCGGGUCGUGCUGCUGGGCUUGUUGGGCGGGCCCAACAUCGAGGGGGCCAACAUCGGCCCGCUGCUGUACAAGAGGAUCAGACUCGAGGGCAGCACGUUGCGGAGCAGGGAUGUCGAGUACCAGGGUAAGCUGAGGGAUCGGUUGGAGGAGUACGUGCCGCACUUUAAGACGGGUAAGCUCAAGGUCGUCAUUGAUACGGUGCUGCCGUGGGAGAAGAUCCAAGAGGCUCAUGGGCUAUUGGAGGCGAACAAGAACUCGGGCAAGAUUAUUUGUACCAUCUCCUAA